CAACAAGCCCCGGGUCAACAACUUACGAAGAAAAAGGUCCGCCAAACUCGAGCCAAUAUGAACUUUUCCUCUCUUCGACAGACCACACCCACAUCCCCUUUCCACACACCUUCCAACUUUUGCCGAUCUCAACGUUAGCUUACGGGUUGAACCGUGCACUGCCCCUUUUAUCAGCGUCCUUCAACGAGUUCGCACCAACCGAGUUUUCUCGCUUAUACUCCCGAAUUAUUCCCCACUAGCUUGAACUAUGGCUCCCCGAACAGAAUCUAAGACCGCGUCUGAGAAGCCCGCAAAAAAGACCAAGUCGUCCGGUGGUGGAAGGAAAAAACUAAGCGCGUUCAAUAAAUUCAUGCAAACUGAGAUGGCUCGUCUGAAGGAGGAGGAACCCGACAUGUCCCACCAAGACAGGUUCAAAUUAGCAACGUCUAACUGGAAGACAGCAAAAGAAAAUCCCAGGGCUGCUGCCUGAUUCCCAUAUUACCUCAUCGCUACGAUCGAUUACUGCUUUGCGCUUUCCUCGUUCCUUUGGCCACCUGUUUACCUUGUUGCCCCUCGCUUCUGUCAUGCCAUAUCUACACAUUCGACUGUUGAGCUGUGCGUUCCUUGCCGAAUAUUAUUCAUAUCGCCUGUCAUUCUUUCUGUAGCCCUCAUUCCGCGAUUUUUCUGUUUGGGGUUUUCGCUGUCAUUCUGCUUAGUGUUGCUACUAAUUUCACCGUAUUCACGCCGCUAGUUGACUUUGCAUUGCAAUUAUUUUGUUGCUCUCA